AAACGUCGACAUAAAAUGCGAAGCUUACUCAGCUUCGUCCUCCUGGCACUGGCCAGGAUAGCAAUUUCAGAAGAAACAAAAAGUUGUAUUGAUAUUGAGAAAGGAUUCAAAGAAGAAUUUAAUGCACACAAACAGCCAGUAUGCAUCUGCGCCGACAACGGAAUUUUCAGCACGGUCAAAGGAUUUACUAUAGAAUGCGAAUCCGCUUCAAUUGCAUCUGUAUCUGAAAAUUUGGCUUCACUGAAUGGCACAGAAUUGGGACGUCUCACAAUAAGAGAUUCUACAGUUAAUGUUCUUCCACAGGAUCUUUUUGAGAAUGUCUUCGCUAAACAAGUUAAACUCGAACGAUGUGGUCUUUCAACUCUUCAACCAAAUUCCUUCCAAUCCCUUGGAGGAUCAGCUGAAUUAUUAUCUCUCCGCGAAAACAGAAUUAAAAAACUGGAAAAGGGACUUUUCACUGGACUUAAAAGUCUCAAAACUCUUGAUUUGGCAAUGAAUAAGAUUCAAGAAAUUGAUGUUGGAGCAUUUGAGGAAUUGAAAAAAGUUGAAGAACUUUUACUCAAUGAAAAUGAUAUUCGAGUUUUGAAAACUGGAACAUUUGAUGGAAUGAAGAAUUUGAAGAAGUUGACACUUCAAAAUUGCAAUCUUGAGAUUAUUCAAAAAGGAGCAUUCCGUGGUCUUAACUCUCUCGAACAGCUUAUUCUAUCAAAUAACAAUCUUGAGAACAUUGACUGGACAAUCUUCUCAGCCUUGAAGAAUCUUCGUGUACUUGAUUUGGGAUCAAACAAGAUUUCCAAUGUUGAGAUGAAAUCGUUCCCAAAACUUGAGAAAUUGGUUCUCAACAAUAAUACUAUUGAUUCAAUGAAAUCUAUUAAGCUGAAGGAUCUUCCAUCUCUCGUUGUCGCCCUAUUCGAUCGCAAUAAGAUUGAAUCAAUCGGUGAUAUGGAUAUGUUUGGAUUAACAAGAUCUGAUAGAAUUGAAACAUUAUCCCUUGCAAGAAAUAAUUUAAGUCAAAUCAGUCCAAAAGCAUUUCAACACACUCCUAAUUUGAUCACACUUCUUCUCCAAUAUAAUCAAAUCGAGGAACUUUCAAGCCAUUCCCCCUCCCAAGUCCGUACUCCAUUCCUCGCAUCUCUCAAGAAACUUGUCACUCUUCAACUCUCGUCCAAUAAUCUUUCAGUUAUCCGUUCUGAUGAGCUUCCAAAAUCUUUGUCCAGUUUGGCACUUGAUCAUAAUGUCAUCUCAAAGAUCGAGGCUCGCGCAUUGGAAGGAAUGGAAAUCAAGAGAUUGUAUUUACACAGUAAUAAGCUUAACUAUUUGUAUCAAGGAACAUUUGACUCAUUCUCACCAAAAUCUGUGGAGGCGGUUGAUGUUUCAUUGAAUCCAUGGGUUUGCGUGUGCAACGACCCGAAAGAAUGGCUUCCACGAUGGCUUGAGGCAUCUGAGGAGGCAGAUGUUGCUGAAGGAGCACUCGGAUGCUUGGCAAUCCCAAAUUGCGGACAGAAAGAAGGAUCCACAGUAAUGCCAGAAGAGGAAGAAGUUUAUCGAUCUGGAUGGAUUACUGUAGCUGCCACCAUUUUGACAAUUGUCACAAUUGUUAUUAUGGUCAUUAUUGCUAUGCUUUAUUUCAAGGAUGCUAGAUACCAGUUCCCACUUCGCGGUCGUCGUUCUGAUUCUGAUCUUCAUAAACUGAUUGAGAAUGAUCCAUUGAACAUCGCAUCUGACUCAAUUCUCGUCGUUCCAGCAAUGCCAAAGAGGAAUACUGGGCCGAAGAAGACUGUACGAUUCCAGAAUUUUUAAAGAAGAAAAAUUUCAUAACCUCAAAUCAACAAAAAAACACUCACUGGAUAAUAAUAAUUCAUAUUCUCCCCGGUUGAAUACCUCAUUUUUCUUCGCUUUUCUUCUUCUGUAAAUAGCCAUUUGAAAAGUUUUCUUUUCUAUUCCUUCUCUCGUCCCAACCCCCAACUCGAUACGUGUUCUUUCAUUUUUCUUGUUUUCUCAAUCUCUCUCUUCAAUACUUCUCUCUCUCACCCCUUCUGAACCACCCAACUUAUCAGGUAUCCACCACUGAUCUUUUUGAAAUCUUCAUCGAACAAGUUUUCAACAUGUACCUAUAGGCACCGCGAUCCCUGUCAAAUAUCCAAUUUUUCUAAUAUUAAUAUUAUUGUUAUGACAUAAUAAACAAUGCACUAAGUAA